GCAGUGGAAUAGCCGACAGGAGUAUAGUUUGAUUUUUGACAUCAAUCCGAGCAAGUUCAAACCCUAAACGAUCAUCAACAUGAAAUUCGUUAUCGUUGCUUUGGCCCUGGUAGUCCUAGUCGCUGCCCAGGAUGAUAAAUACACCACCAAGUACGACAACAUCGAUGUGGAUGAGAUUUUGAACUCUGACCGUCUCUUCAACAACUACUUCAAGUGCCUGAUGGACGAGGGCAGUUGCACACCGGAAGGCAAUGAACUGAAACGUGUCCUCCCGGAAGCUCUGGAGAACAAAUGUGCAAAGUGUAGCGACAAGCAGAAGGAAAUGAGCUCCAAAGUGUUCAAAAACUUGCAAGCGAACCGCCCCGAACAGUGGGCGUUGUUGAAGGGCAAGUACGAUCCCGAGGGCAAGUACUCGUAAGAUGGAUAGAUGCUGUGACAAUUUCAAUCAGUACGGUUGACCUUUUCUGGAUAUACCUAUGUCGAGCUUUUUUUCUUAAGAACCUACCACAUUAGGCCGCUUCACACAAGAGUGCAAUAAAAGAUUACUGUUAUCGCAAA